UGUGUUGAUGUUAAGAUUGAGUGUGUUUUGUAUUCUUACAUAGAAAUUAGGAUCAAUCUAUAUUAGUUUUAAAUAUAAGUGGUGAAUUAAAAUGGAGUCAAACGUUGCUAGUGCUGUGACAUCGUCAAGAGCUACCAGGUUUAUGAUGGAAGGCGUUGGGGCACGAGUUAUAAGAGGCCCUGAUUGGAAAUGGGGCAAGCAGGAUGGUGGGGAGGGUCAUGUUGGCACUGUUAGAAAUUUUGAGUCUCCUGAAGAGGUGGUCGUAGUCUGGGACAACGGGACAGCGGCUAAUUACAGAUGUUCAGGUGCUUUUGACCUCCGCAUCCUCGACAGUGCUCCAACCGGUGUUAAACAUGAUGGAACAAUGUGUGAUACUUGCAGACAACAGCCAAUAUUUGGAAUUCGGUGGAAAUGUGCAGAGUGCAGCAAUUAUGACCUCUGUUCAGUCUGCUAUCAUGGAGACAAACAUAAUUUGAGACACAGAUUUUAUCGAAUAAGUGCUCCGGGUGCUGAAAGAUGUCUUGUUGAACCAAGGAGGAAAAGUAAAAAGCAAACUGUUAGAGGAAUAUUUCCUGGUGCUAGAGUUGUCAGAGGGGUAGAUUGGCAAUGGGAAGAUCAAGAUGGUGGUAAUGGAAGACGUGGCAAAGUAAAUGAGAUACAAGAUUGGUCAGCUGCAAGUCCUCGCUCAGCUGCAUAUGUUGUGUGGGACAAUGGACCUAAGAAUCUUUAUAGAGUGGGAUUUGAAGGAAUGGCUGAUCUGAAGGUCGUAAAUGAUGUAAAAGGACAAAAUGUUUACAAGGAGCAUUUGCCGCUAUUGGGUGAAUUAGGCCCCGGGAACACAGGCCCUCAUGGUCUACAAAUUGGGGAUCGGGAAUAUGGACAAUAGGCGACUGCGCACAAUCUGUCCUUAUAACCUAUCCCUCGAAGUUGGUCAUCAUUUAUAUAUCAUUGACCCAGCCAAGGCGUGGAGACUAUUUAAUCUUUUGUAAUAUCAUUAUGUAUAUCUAUUGUUAUAUGACGAUAUAAUGACUUUUUUAUAUUAGAACAGUAUUAUUAUUAUUAUUUCAAGGUGUUUUAUUAGUGUUUUCUGUUCACCUUGACUAGGUACUAUUGCUUAUAAUGUAUGUGUGUAUAUGUACUUAAUAAUUUAUUUAUAAGGAAUAUAAUCAUAAUUAUAGAUAUAUUAAACAA